AUGAUAUCGGCCUGGGUAUAUCUCGUGGUCGCCGUCCUCGCAAUCAUCAUCACAGUGACUCUGAGUGGCUGUCUUCUCACUAUCGCUGCCAUCUGGACACGCCCAGUUCUGAAGAAGCUGGUCAACGUCCCUCUGGUCAGCCUCAGCUGUGCAGACGGCCUCUACUCCAUCUUUGGCCCCGCCCUUUGGAUCCCGGUUUUCCUGCACCCCCAAUGGGAACCGCCAGGGGCGCUGUGUUGGUUUCAGGGAUACCUGAAUCCUGUUCUAUGGGGGGUAUCAGUAAGCCACAUGAUGUGUAUCGCUCUCCAGCGUUACUUCAUGGUGUGUACCAACAGCACACGUCUGAAGUCCAAAAGUGUCCUCUUUGGCAUGCUUUUCCUCACAUGGUUGGUCUCUAUCAUUGCAUACUUACCUCUUCACAUCAUGGAAGAAGUAAAGCUCGACCCAAAGUUCAAACGAUGCAGUCUGGGAUCAACUCCUAACAUUUUGGGAAAGUUUAUCCCCAUGUUUCUUACCAUCAUCAUCCCGUACAUAACGGCCCUCACUUGCUAUGUUCUCAUCUACAACCAUGUGAGGAAGAGUAAGAAACGGGUCCAAAAUAACGUCCUGCGCCCUUCUGACCGUUUGGCUGUGAAAUACUCAAAUGGGGAGGGGGGUAGCGCUGGGCCUUCUGUAAGCACUGUGUCUGCCAGGCUGCCGAAUACUUCAACUAAUCUGGAUAAUCGUGGUGUUUGGAUGGGGGAUGAUAAUUCAUCAUCAGGUGAUGAGGAAGAUCAAAGAAAAACCGAUAAUCAGCCAGGUAAACCCAAACAAAUUAUGGUUGCCUCAAAAUCUUCGACUAACUUGAAUGAUGGUGGUGUUUGGAUGGGGUAUGAUAAUCCAUCAUCAAGUAAUGACGGAAAUGGAAUUAAAGCCGACAACAAGCCAGGUCUGAACAAACACAUAAUGGUUGCUGCAAAGCCAGAUCAGAUCGGAACUAAAGAACAGAAUCAGGUUGGUCAGGACAAAACAGAUUCCUCAUUGAACAACAAGAAACAAAAUAGAGAUGACUACAAAGAGCCAGGUAAACGUAAAGGUGCUUUACAAGUUACUACACUGGCAGGUACCGAGAUAGUACAACCAAAGCAGCAAGGUCAUGGAGGAAAUGCUCCCCAAAACAAUAAAGCGGAGAGGCAGAUCACAAAAAUGAUGUUGACGUUGUUCGUUGUGUACACUGCCUGCUGCAUGCCGGUGACGAUUAUGGUGUUAAUCUCCAGUAAAGUCCCGUCUGAAGCCUUUCUUGUUGGCCAGGUACUGAUGGCACUGAACGGUGCCCUGAACCCUAUCGUGUACGGCCUGAUGAACAAAAAUAUCCGACAGGGAUACAAGCAUAUCUUGAGCAAGGUGGUCAGUUGCAUAACUCGCGAACGGUAA